ACCAGAGCAGUGCUUACACAGCUGCAGAGGAGCUGUCUGUCUGACAGUGACAGGGGAGUUACAGCACAGUCCCAGCAGUAACACUAUUGAGGACUGAGAGGGGACACACACAGACACAGAGGCAGGGAUGGAAGACUCUGGGCCUACACUGGCAUCUGGGCCCACUUCUAAUUCUAGUCCACCUAUAAUGGAGGAGUCUAGUGCCAAACUGUUCUGCUGCCACUGGGUAAGGCACAGAAUCCCCCUGGCACAUAGAGAGGAGCUCUACCACAUUCUCCGGAUGACUGGACCCUUGCUGUUAUCUCGAAUCCUAAACUACCUGCUUCCGUUUGUCGUCACUAUGUUCUGUGGUCGCCUGGGGAAUGAGAUGUUAGCUGGCUAUGGCCUGGCCUGCGCGACUAUUAAUGUUACGACUGCAGCAACAGGAGGUGGACUUGCCUUGGCAUGUGACACUUUGGUAUCUCAGACAUUUGGUGGUAAGAACCUGCAGCGUGUGGGGGUGAUUCUCCAGAGGAGUGUGUUGAUCCUACUGCUCUUCUGUCUCCCCUGCUGGGCCAUGCUCCUCAACACCCAGUCUAUCCUGCUGGCUCUGGGCCAGGAGCCUGAAGUGGCCAGGAUAGCACAGCUGUAUGUCAUCGCCUACCUACCUGCAGUGCCAGCUAUUUUCCUGCAUCAACUUCAGGCUUCUUAUCUCCAAAACCAGGGGAUAAUACUGCCUCAGAUGUACACAGCAGCAGCGGCCAACAUCGCCAACGUGGUGACAAACUAUAUCCUGCUCUACUGGAUGGACCUGGGAGUUAUAGGGUCGGCAGCAGCUAAUACGCUUUCCCAACUCUACAUAUGUUCCUUCUUAUUUGCCUACAUUUGCUGGAAGAAGCUACAUGUGAAAACAUGGGGAGGCUGGACUACAGAAGCGCUGCAGGAGUGGGGCUCUUAUAUGAAACUAGCCAUCCCCAGUACUCUGAUGCUGUGUUUCGAAUGGUGGAUCUAUGAGCUUGGGGGGUUCCUUGCAGGCAUGCUGAGUGAAGUGGACCUGGCUGCUCAACAUGUGGUCAUAAUGCUGGCUUUCAUCAACUACAUGUUCCCCCUGGGGAUCCAGGCUGCAGCAUGUGUUCGUGUGGGGAACGCCCUGGGGGCCGGAGACACAGCCGGGGCCAUCCUCACCAGCAAGGUGUCCCUUGCCCUGUCAGGUUCAAUGGCAAUAAUUCAGGGAAUCAUGCUGAUCUCUACUAAAACAGUAAUCGGCUUCAUGUUUACUUCUGAUGCGCAGAUCAUAGAUCUGGUCUCUCAACUUCUCAAUGUGUACUGUGUUCUUCAGUUCUUUGAUGGACUAGUGUGUGUGUGUAUGGGAAUCAUCCUGGGCACGGGCAAACAGAAGAUAGCAGCGAUGGCUAAUCUCAUCACCUACUACUGCGUGGGCCUUCCACUGGGCAUCUCUUUGAUGUUUGCAGCUGGCCUCAGGGUUGUAGGGUUCUGGUUAGGCCUGUUAAUCUGUGUAAUUCUACAGUCCAGCUUCUUCAUCACCGUCAUCUUCAGGCUCGACUGGAGGAAAAUGACAGAGAAGGCUGUGAAACGAGCUGGAAAGGCUGGACAUAUGGUGUCAAUGAGGAGUAUAGUUGCACCUGACCACACAGAGAACAAUGGCAGGACAGUGAAUGGAUACAUGUCAGUGAGUGCUGAGGGCCAGGGGGACCUCAGGGGAAGCAAUUUGACCCCAAAGGUGCAGAAGGAGGAUGGGAGCCCCAGAGCCCUGCUCUCCACCACCCAGCUGGUCCUGAGGAGAGGUUUCACCGUACUGGCUGCCAUUGUCAUCCUAGCUGUGGGGACAAGUGUCCAUCUUCUACUGCCUCUACCAAUCAGCUCAUGGCGCAAUCUGAGUGUAGACUGGAGCAACACUACCUUUACCACUACCUACCCCCCUGAACUCACCCCGUCAACAGUUCUCAUCUAGGAGUAAUACCUGGGCGAUCCAGAACAGACCCUGUAGCAAGACAGUCAUAGUGUGCUGUGUCACGGAAUCUGUUAUUACACCAAUUAUUAAACGCAAAUCAGAUGUU